AUGACUGGGUGGAAGAAGAAGCUCUGCCGGGGGCAUCAUCUGUGGGCCCUGGGCUGCUAUAUGUUGCUGGCCGUUGUUGCUCUGAGGCUUUCUCUCAGGUUGAAAUGUGAUGUAGAUUCCUUGGAUCUGGAGUCCAGGGGCUUCCAAAGUCAGCGUUGUAGAGACGUCUUAUACAAGAACCUGAAGCUGCCAGCGAAGAGCUCCAUCAACUGUUCUGGGAUCACACGAGGGGACCAGGAAGCGGUGACCCAGGCUCUCCUGGACAACCUGGAAGUCAAGAAGAAGCGGUUGCCUUUCACUGACACCGAUUACCUCAACAUGACCAGAGACUGUGAGCGGUUUAAGGCCCGAAGGAAGUUCAUACAGUUCCCACUGAGCAAAGAAGAGUUCGACUUCCCCAUUGCAUACUCGAUGGUGGUCCAUGAGAAGAUUGAAAACUUUGAACGGCUGCUGCGAGCUGUGUAUGCCCCUCAGAACAUAUACUGUGUCCAUGUGGAUGAGAAGUCCCCAGAAACUUUCAAAGAGGCAGUCAAGGCCAUCAUUUCCUGCUUCCCCAAUGUCUUCAUGGCCAGUAAGUUGGUUCCGGUGGUUUAUGCCUCCUGGUCCAGAGUGCAGGCUGACCUGAACUGUAUGGAAGACUUGCUCCAGAGCUUGGUGCCAUGGAAAUACUUACUGAAUACAUGUGGGACAGACUUCCCCAUAAAGACCAACGCCGAGAUGGUCCUGGCCCUCAAGAUGUUGAAUGGGAAGAACAGUAUGGAGUCUGAGAUACCUUCUGAGUACAAAAAAACUCGCUGGAAAUACCGCUACAAGGUGACAGACAGACUGUACCUAACCAACAAGAUGAAGGACCCUCCCCCUGAUAAUUUACCUAUGUUCACAGGGAAUGCCUAUUUUGUGGCUUCUCGAGCCUUUGUCCAACAUGUCUUAGAGAACCCCAGAUCCCAAAGACUGAUUGAAUGGGCCAAAGACACCUAUAGCCCUGAUGAACACCUCUGGGCCACCCUUCAGCGUGCACCAUGGAUGCCUGGCUCUGUCCCCUACCACCCCAAGUAUCACAUCUCAGACAUGACUGCCAUCGCCAGGCUGGUCAAGUGGCAGGACCAUGAGGGAGAUGUCAGCAUGGGGGCCCCUUACGCACCUUGCUCUGGAAUCCAUCAGCGGGCCAUUUGCAUUUAUGGGGCUGGGGACCUGCACUGGAUUCUCCAGAACCAUCACCUCUUGGCAAACAAGUUUGACCCAAGGGUGGAUGAUAACGUCCUGCAGUGCUUAGAAGAGUAUUUACGUCAUAAGGCCAUCUAUGGGACUGAACUUUGA